CAUUCAGAAGUUGAGGGGUCAAUUCGCACCCAACCGAAACUACCAGGUCCAGAAAAGUUUCAACCCCCGGCCGGCGCCAAACCCCUGCAUCCCUCAUUCAAACUUUCUAAUCGGAACCCCAAUUUCAACCGGAGAAUAUUCCGGCAUCACCUCCGUCACUCCAAUUCCGAACAAAUUCACCAUCUCAUUCACCAAAAACCGGCACCGGCAGAUGAGCGGGGCGAAACUGUGUGCAUUAUUGAGCGAAUUAGGGUUCGAAGGUCACGAUGCACUCGAUCCAGACAGUUUCGAGUGGCCGUUUCAGUACGAAGAUGCUCGUCCGAUUCUCGAUUGGAUCUGCUCCAGUCUUCGUCCGUCUAACGUCCUCUCCGCUUCCGAACUGAAACAGUAUGAGCAGUUUGUACAGGAUGGGAAGCUUUUGGAGGGGGAAGACCUAGAUUUUGCUUAUGAAAGCAUUUCAGCCUUUUCAACAAGGAGAGACAAUCAGGAGGCAGUUUUCGGAGCUGAAGAAGGUCUAAAAGAGAUACGGGAUGCUACUUUAUCCUAUAAAGCAGAAGCUGUUGAGCUGCAACGACAACUUGGGCAUCUACAAUCUCAGUAUGACAUGCUCAGUACACAAGCUUCAACUUUAAUCCAAGGGAAAAGAGCAAGAGUUGCAUCAACAUCUACUGUCAACGGAUUACUAACUACCAUCGAUGAUAGUCUAUCAGCAAGAAACUUAGAGAUGAAUGCAGUUCUUGGACGGAUUGCUUCUACAGCACAAGAGUUGGCACAUUUCCAUUCAGGGGAUGAAGAUGGCAUAUAUCUGGCAUACUCAGACUUUCAUCCAUAUUUGCUUGCUGACUCAUCAUGUAUGAAAGAGUUAAAUCAAUGGUUUGUAAAGCAACUAGACACGGGUCCUUACCGUAUGGUGGCAGAAGAGGGGAAAUCUAAAUGUUCAUGGGUCAAUCUUGAUGACGUCAGCAAUACUACCUUAGUGCGAGCUGACUCACAAAAAUCAGAUCAACGCGUUUCAGAAUUGCAAAGGCUUCGAUCCAUAUUUGGAACCAGUGAAAGGCAGUGGGUAGAAGCUCAAGUUGAGAACGCAAAACAGCAAGCUAUUCUGGUAACACUUAAAGGUCAGGUGAAUUCAGAUGAAGCUCAUAUUCACCUUGAUCUUCAUUCACUUAGGAGGAAACAUGUUGAAUUGGCUGGAGAACUUUCAAAUCUACAAAACAAAGAGGAGAAGUUGUUAUCUGAGACUAUUCCUAAUUUAUGUUGGGAGCUGGCUCAGCUACAAGAUACAUACAUUCUGCAAGGUGAUUAUGAUUUAAAGGUCAUGCGACAAGAAUAUUAUAUUCAACGCCAGAAAACGUUCAUAAGCCAUCUGAUAAACCAGCUUGCAAGGCAUCAAUUCCUGAAAUUAGCAUGCCAAUUUGAAAAGAAGACAAUGCUUGGAGCAUUUUCAUUACUCAAAGUUAUUGAGUCGGAACUCCAAGGUUACCUAUCGGCAACCAAAGGAAGAGUGGGCCGUUGUCUGGCAUUAAUUGAAGCAGCGUCAGAUGUGCAAGAACAAGGAGCUGUUGAUGAUCGAGAUACGUUUCUGCAUGGUGUCAGAGAUCUUCUAAGCAUCCAUUCAAAUACACAAGGGGGUUUGUCAACAUAUGUGUCAGCUCCAGGGCUGGUGCAGCAGAUAUCCAGCCUUCAGUCAGACCUCAUGGUCCUACAAUCUGACUUGGACAAUGCCCUUCCGGAAGAUAGAAGCAGAUGCAUCAAUGAGUUGUGCACUCUUAUCCAAAGUUUGCAACAGUUAUUAUUUGCAUCGUCUACCACUGCUCAGCCAAUUUUGACACCCCGGACUCUAAUGAAAGAGCUAGACGAGAUGGAAAAGAUGAAUGCCAAGUUGUCUGCCGCAGUCGAAGAAGUAACACACGAGCACAAUAAGAAGAAUGAGAUUGUGAAGCAUCACUCACAAGAAAUGGCACUUCAAAGGCAGGUUUUUGUGGAUUUUUUCUGCAAUCCUGAUCGUUUGAGAAAUCAAGUGAGGGAACUAACUGCCAGAGUUAGGGCUUUGCAAGCAUCUUAGUUAAGUAGCAUAUAUUAUGGUUUUCUACAUGGGGUUUUGUAUGAUUUACUAACAACGUGUGAUUUGAUUUUUUUAAUGUUUAUUAUUUGACGCACAUUUAUGUUUAAACAUUUACACCCCUGAAAAAGGAUUAACAGUUAAUUAUAUUACAGUAUCUUUUAUGGGA